AUCAGUUUCAACACACAACUCUGGACAAAAACAACACCUGACUGACACAUUGGGAUGAAAAAUACACUGCUUUUACUGCUAUGUGCAUUUGCACUAGCGACUGCAACAAGUGGCGAUGUUUACCCAAACGGCUGUCCGAAAGAUCAUGACAUAGAACAACUAUUUCCACACAAUAAUUGUCACAAAUUUUAUCAAUGCUGGGAUGGAAAGCUUGUAGUACACACAUGCCCAUCCAAACUCUACUUCAGCGUUGAAGAAAACCGAUGUGAAUGGGCAAUAGAAGUCGAUUGCAGUGGUCGUGAAGUUCCAGAAGAUAAUAACGAUAGCGAUGAGAAUGAUAAUGAAGACAAAGGUAAUGAAGGUAGUACUUGCAAUUGCAAUCCUGAAGAAGCACCCGCUAUUUGCGCAGCUAAAGAUUCCAAUGGCGAGCUAGUUGCUCAUGAAAACUGCAAUCAGUUCUACAUUUGUAACGAAGGAGCCCCUGUGACCAUAAGUUGUCCAGGAAAUCUUCUAUUCAAUCCUUACGAAAAUAAAUGUGACUGGCCAGAUAAAGUACAAUGUGAUAACCGAGUUAUCCCUGACGGCGAAGAUUGUGAUGACAAUGGCAAUGAGGGAGGUGAUAAUGGAGGCGAGGGUAAUGGUGACAAUGAUAACGGAGAUGGUGGUAACGGAGGAGGUACUUGCAAUUGUAAUCCUGAAGAAGCACCCGCCAUUUGCCAAGCUGAAGACUCCAAUGACGUAUUAGUUGCGCACGAAAACUGCAAUCAAUUCUACGUAUGUAGCCAAGGAGCUCCUGUCGCCUUGAGUUGUCCAGGAAAUCUUCUAUUCAAUCCUUACAAAAACCAGUGUGACUGGCCAGAUAAGGUAGAAUGCGGUGAUCGAGUUAUCCCCGACGGCGAAGAUUGUGAUGAUAAUAGCAAUGAAGGAGGUGACAACGGAGGUGGAGAUAAUGGAGGCAAUGGAGGCGGUGAUAAUGGAGGCAAUGGUGGUGGUGAUAAUGGAGGCGAGGGUGAUGGCGACAAUGAUAACGGAGACGGUGGUAAUGGAGGAGGUACUUGCAAUUGUAAUCCUGAAGAAGCACCCGCUAUUUGCCAAGCUGAAGACUCCAAUGACGUAUUAGUUGCUCACGAAAACUGCAAUCAGUUCUACGUAUGUAGCCAAGGAGCUCCUGUCGCCUUGAGUUGUCCAGGAAAUCUUCUAUUCAAUCCUUACAAAAACCAGUGCGACUGGCCAGAUAAGGUAGAAUGCGGUAACAGAGUAAUCCCCGACGGCGAAGAUUGUGAUGAUAAUGGCAAUGAAGGAGGUGGUAAUGGAGGCGGUGAUAAUGGAGGCAAUGGCGGUGGUGAUAAUGGAGGCGAGGGUAAUGGUGACAAUGAUAAUGGAGACGGUGGUAAUGGAGGAGGUACUUGCAAUUGUAAACCUGAAGAAGCACCCGCUAUUUGUCAAGCUGAAGACUCCAAUGACGUAUUGGUUGCUCACGAAAACUGCAAUCAGUUCUACGUAUGUAGCCAAGGAGCUCCUGUCGCCUUGAGUUGUCCAGGAAAUCUUCUAUUCAAUCCUUACAAAAACCAGUGUGACUGGCCAGAUAAGGUAGAAUGCGGUGACCGAGUUAUCCCCGACGGCGAAGAUUGUGAUGAUAAUAGCAAUGAAGGAGGUGACAACGGAGGUGGAGAUAAUGGAGGCAAUGGAGACGGUGAUAAUGGAGGCAAUGGCGGUGGUGAUAAUGAAGGCGAGGGUGAUGGCGACAAUGAUAACGGAGACGGUGGUAAUGGAGGAGGUACUUGCAAUUGUAAUCCUGAAGAAGCACCCGCUAUUUGCCAAGCUGAAGACUCCAAUGACGUAUUAGUUGCUCACGAAAACUGCAAUCAGUUCUACAUAUGUAGCCAAGGAGCUCCUGUCGCCUUGAGUUGUCCAGGAAAUCUUCUAUUCAAUCCUUACAAAAACCAGUGUGACUGGCCAGAUAAGGUAGAAUGCGGUGACCGAGUUAUCCCCGACGGCGAAGAUUGUGAUGAUAAUAGCAAUGAAGGAGGUGACAACGGAGGUGGAGAUAAUGGAGGCAAUGAAGGCGGUGAUAAUGGAGGCAAUGGUGGUGGUGAUAAUGGAGGCGAAGGUGAUGGCGACAAUGAUAACGGAGACGGUGGUAAUGGAGGAGGUACUUGCAAUUGUAAUCCUGAAGAAGCACCCGCUAUUUGCCAAGCUGAAGACUCCAAUGACGUAUUAGUUGCUCACGAAAACUGCAAUCAGUUCUACAUAUGUAGCCAAGGAGCUCCUGUCGCCUUGAGUUGUCCAGGAAAUCUUCUAUUCAAUCCUUACAAAAACCAGUGUGACUGGCCAGAUAAGGUAGAAUGCGGUGACCGAGUUAUCCCCGACGGCGAAGAUUGUGAUGAUAAUAGCAAUGAAGGAGGUGACAACGGAGGUGGAGAUAAUGGAGGCAAUGGAGGCGGUGAUAAUGGAGGCAAUGGCGGUGGUGAUAAUGAAGGCGAGGGUGAUGGCGACAAUGAUAACGGAGACGGUGGUAAUGGAGGAGGUACUUGCAAUUGUAAUCCUGAAGAAGCACCCGCUAUUUGCGCAGCUGAAGAUUCCAAUGGCGAACUAGUAGCUCAUGAAAACUGCAAUCAGUUCUACAUUUGCAGCGCAGGAGUCCCUGUAGUUCUAAGCUGUCCAGCAAAUCUUCUUUUCAACCCUUAUAAAAACAUUUGUGAUUGGCCAGACAAAGUUGAAUGCGGUAACAGAGUAAUCCCCGACGGCGAAGAUUGUGAUGAUAACGACAAUGAAGGAGAUGACAAUGGAGGCAAUGGAAGCGGUGAUAAUGGAGGCAAUGGCGGCGGUGAUAAUGGAGGCGAGGGCAACGGAGACGGUGGUAAUGGAGGCGGUACUUGCAAUUGUAAUCCUGAAGAAGCACCCGCUAUUUGCGCAGCUGAAGAUUCCAAUGGCGAACUAGUAGCUCAUGAAAACUGCAAUCAGUUCUACAUUUGCAGCGCAGGAGCCCCUGUAGUUCUAAGCUGUCCAGGAAAUCUUCUUUUCAACCCUUAUAAAAACAUUUGUGAUUGGCCAGACAAAGUUGAAUGCGGUAACAGAGUAAUCCCCGACGGCGAAGAUUGUGAUGAUAACGACAAUGAAGGAGAUGACAAUGGAGGCAAUGGAAGCGGUGAUAAUGGAGGCAAUGGCGGCGGUGAUAAUGGAGGCGAGGGCAACGGAGACGGUGGUAAUGGAGGAGGUACUUGCAAUUGUAAUCCUGAAGAAGCACCCGCUAUUUGCGCAGCUGAAGAUUCCAAUGGCGAACUAGUAGCUCAUGAAAACUGCAAUCAGUUCUACAUUUGCAGCGCAGGAGCCCCUGUAGUUCUAAGCUGUCCAGGAAAUCUUCUUUUCAACCCUUAUAAAAACAUUUGUGAUUGGCCAGACAAAGUUGAAUGCGGUAACAGAGUAAUCCCCGACGGCGAAGAUUGUGAUGAUAACGACAAUGAAGGAGAUGACAAUGGAGGCAAUGGAAGCGGUGAUAAUGGAGGCAAUGGCGGCGGUGAUAAUGGAGGCGAGGGCAACGGAGACGGUGGUAAUGGAGGAGGUACUUGCAAUUGUAAUCCUGAAGAAGCACCCGCUAUUUGCGCAGCUGAAGAUUCCAAUGGCGAACUAGUAGCUCAUGAAAACUGCAAUCAGUUCUACAUUUGCAGCGCAGGAGCCCCUGUAGUUCUAAGCUGUCCAGGAAAUCUUCUUUUCAACCCUUAUAAAAACAUUUGUGAUUGGCCAGACAAAGUUGAAUGCGGUAACAGAGUAAUCCCCGACGGCGAAGAUUGUGAUGAUAACGACAAUGAAGGAGAUGACAAUGGAGGCAAUGGAAGCGGUGAUAAUGGAGGCAAUGGCGGCGGUGAUAAUGGAGGCGAGGGCAACGGAGACGGUGGUAAUGGAGGAGGUACUUGCAAUUGUAAUCCUGAAGAAGCACCCGCUAUUUGCGCAGCUGAAGAUUCCAAUGGCGAACUAGUAGCUCAUGAAAACUGCAAUCAAUUCUACAUUUGCAGCGCAGGAGCCCCUGUAGUUCUAAGCUGUCCAGGAAAUCUUCUUUUCAACCCUUAUAAAAACAUUUGUGAUUGGCCAGACAAAGUUGAAUGCGGUAACAGAGUAAUCCCCGACGGCGAAGAUUGUGAUGGUAACGACAAUGAAGGAGAUGACAAUGGAGGCAAUGGAAGCGGUGAUAAUGGAGGCAAUGGCGGCGGUGAUAAUGGAGGCGAGGACAACGGAGACGGUGGUAAUGGAGGAGGUACCUGCAAUUGCAAUCCAGAGGAUGCACCUGCUAUCUGCGCAGCUGAAGACUCCAACGGUGUUCUAAUCGCUCAUGAAAACUGCAACCAAUUCUACAUAUGUAGUGGAGGUGCACCUGUAACUUUAAGUUGUCCAGGAGACCUUCUAUUUAAUCCUUACACAAAUAAAUGUGACUGGGCUGAUAACGUUAAAUGUAUCAGAAACGAUAAUGAUGACACGAAAGAAGAAGAAGUCAAAGAACUUAGCUGCCUAGAAGCGAGUGGAGGAGCAGGCAACGACGACCCACGACUAGCUUCUGCUAUUUGUUCAUCUGAUAAUUCGGAGGGUGUCUUAAUUGCUCAUGAAAACUGCAAUCAAUUCUAUAUAUGUAAUCAUAACGAACCUGUAGCAAUGUCUUGCCCGGCAUCUCUACUAUUCAACCCACACAAUGACAAAUGCGAUUGGUCUCACUGCGUAGAAUGUGGCAGACGAAUUAAUAAUAGAACAUUCUCUUCAUUAAACAAACAUCUGUCAGCACGUCAAGUUUUAAGAGUUCUAUAA